AAGAGAAGAAGAAGCGGCGUUAAAGAAUAAGGAAGUAAAAAACAUUUUCUGGCGCUGAGUCGACGGAAAAGCCGGAGUGUGGUAUUUUUAUGUGACUAGUACCAACUUAGACAGCUUUUUUAAAAUAUGUUUUGCAAAAAUAACCUGUUUUGACAAGUGUAAUACCUGUCUUAUAGCCAUGUAGCUAGUUAGCUACAAAUACAGCUACUGUUGUGGACGAAGAGGUUCUGGUUUCAGUCACUUGCCUUAACCCUCUGGCUAUUAUUAAUGACAACUUGGUUAGCAAGCCAACGUUAGUCAAAGAAAAUCAGGUUUCCACAACCGAUAAUUCGAGAGUGGAGCCACAUAAUGGCAUACUGCGACAAGACAGGUGAUCAUCCCUCAGCUUCUCUAAACAAUGAGGACAGUCGUAAUGGACAUGACCCGGCGACAGAUAAGCACCCGACUCCACACUCCAAAGGAAAUGCGAACGAUUGCUGUGCCACUGAAGAAGCCCGAACAGUGUCUGUCCCUCAUGGGUUGUGUGUAAAGAAGAAAAAGCUUGUCCUUCACGUUGACCUCAAUAACACCAUCUUGGUGUCUGAUGCUGUGACAAGUCAAGGAACUAUUGCAGCGUUGGAUUACUUUAUUUCCACAGUGACAUGGGGACAAAUGAGUAAACAAGGUAAGUGGAUGUGGAUGAGUGACUCACCUUCCCUACUUCCACCAUGUGAGGGCGCUGUCAGCUACUACUCCCAGUUUGGCCGGGUGGCAGGUUUCACCAGCUCCACUGCAGGUCGGCGGUUCCGGGGCGUGCUGGAUGAGCACCUGGCGAUGCUGCGAUGGCCGAAGGAGCUGAAGGGGGACAAGGAGCUGGCUGUGAAGGGGGAGGAUGGGCAGCUGUACCACUGGAUCUUGCCCUCCUUCUUCCAGCUACUGAAAGACCUGGUGGCGGAGGGGAGGGACUUUGCUAUCCUGUUCCGCACUUUUGGCUCUGACCUUCCCCGCGUGCUGUCUGCAGUGUCCCGUGCCCUCACUCAGGGCUCCCACCCACUCUUCCCUGACCUUCCAGCACUUAAGCUGAGUGUGAAUGAGACGCCAGGCCAGAUCCGCUGCAGUAAGAAGGGGACGGUCCUGACCCGGGCAGAGGAGCGUCUGUCGACCCGUGACGGGGAGCGAGCCCUGUACCAGUACCUCAGCUCUGUCCAGUGCCUGGGGGGCUUCCAGGACCAUUUUGACUGGUGGGCCAGGAACACCUACUCCAUCCUGGGAGGGAAACCUCUGUGGGUGGACCCCUUCGACCAGGAUGUCCAGCACAUCUUCAUCGAUGACAACAUUCGACAGAAUGACAAAGACACCAUUGUCCACCCAAAGGUGUUUCUAGACCGAGACGGCUCAGAGACCCGCACAGCCUCCACCUCAGAGCUGUAUGACCUCUGUCUGGUCCAGAACGACCUGCUCAAGGCAAUCUCAGACCCAGAGUACUUCACCCAGCGCAUCAGCAUCUGCCAGGAGAACUAUGACAGGAACCUUCAGCAGGGGGCAGGCUAGAGUGGUUUGUCUGUAGCCUAGAGGUCCAGGGUGAGAAGGGGUUGGGACAACUCAGGUCUGUAGCCCAGAGGUCCAGGGUGAGAAGGGGUUGGGACAACUCAGGUCUGUAGCCCAGAGGUCCAGGGUGAGAAGGGGUUGGGAGAACUCAGGUCUGUAGCCUAGAGGUCCAGGGUGAGAAGGGGUUGGGACAACUCAGGUCUGUAGCCUAGAGGUCCAGGGUGAGAAGGUGUUGGGACAACUCAUGUCUGUAGACUGGAGGUUGAAGGUCAAAGGGAGCUCCUGCAGUUGCUCCAACUCAUCCUCUAAGGUCAAUAUUCUCAGGGUGUGUGACACUGGCAACCAAUAUAUUGCAUAUGUAGAAGGCAUUAUUUUGCUGCUGUUUUUAAAUUAUAAUAUAUAUUUAAACAAAAAAAUGGUAAUCGAUAUAAAGGCAUUGUUUAUGUAUACCAAAAUGUGUUCAGAAAAGACUUGAAUGGUCAUACUUGAAUGUUUCUAAUAUUACGAAGAGAGAGAGCUGCGUGGUUGAGCAGUAAGACUUAACUGUUACAACUUAAAUCAUACUCUAGUCUACAGACAAAUUACUUUAAUAUUAACCACAAUUAGUAUUACUGUUUGACUAUUUAUCAUGGCAAAACCAUGGAUGAGUUUGACCUAAUAUAAUUUGGGUUUAUGUGGUUUGGAGUUUAUUUGCACUGAAAAUGACUUUACUUUCUUUGAAGCGCUCUCAUGUGGAUAAAAAGUAUAUAUCCAGGGAAUGUGUGUCACGCUUUCUCUUGAAGGUUUGUCAUAGUGGUGGAUGAGGUGAGUGGCCCCGUUACAAUGUAAAGCUCUUUGGGUGUCUAGAAAAGCUCUAUACACCGACUGUACAAACACUAAGGACACCUUCCCUCGGGGCAUGGACUCUACAAGGUGUCAAAAGUGUUCCACAGGGAUGCUGGCCCAUGUGAAUGCCAAUGUUUCAAAUUUUCUGGAUGUCCUUUGGGUGGUGGACCAUUCUUGAUACUCACGAGAGACUGUUGAGCUUGGAAAAACCCAGCAGCGUUGCAGUUCUUGACCCAAAUGGUGCGCAUGGCAUCUAAUACCAUACCCCGUUCAUAGGCACUUCAAUCUUUUGUCUUGCCCGUUCACCACCCUCUGAAUGGCUCACAUACACAAUCCAUGUCUCAAUUGUCUCGAGGCUUAAAAAUCCUUCUUUAACCUAAGUUACAUCAAUAAGGGAUCAUAGCAUUCACCUGGUCAGUCUCAUGGAAAGAGCAGGUGUCCUUAAUGUUUUUUACUCAGUAUAUAAGUCGAAUCAAUGAUUCGUAUUAGCAUCUUUUUAAGCUUGAAGGGAGUGUGGCGUUUGACUACUGCAAAUUUGAGACACCUUUUCAAAGUAGCACAUCACAAUCACCAGGAUGUGGGUAAUUGUGGAAGAUAAAAGCGUCAGCAUGCUUCAGUUCAGCUAGCACCUAGCCAAACUCAGCUUGGAGAACCGAAUGAGUGUGCUCGCAUACUCCCUUAAAAGACCUUUGCUUGAAAAAAGCAACAAUAGUAUUUUGUCCAUUUUGAGAGACUAGUUGUAUACACUUCCUCAAACUGGUCAGAAUAACUCAAAAAUCGUUAAUUCAUUUUUAUGUUUUUGCCAAGGAGAUCUUAGUCGUGCAAUUUUACAUUUAACUGUUUGGUGCAGUAUUUUUCAAUGAGAAUUUUUUUUCAUGAAAACGAGUCGUCUCGUUGAAUGACAACAAAGACUUAGAAUCCCUAUUGUUGACCAAUCACCGACCAAGAGGCGUAGACUUCGGCUACUGACUUUGGCUUGCCUCUAGAACAUUGUUUUGUGUGUCCGAACAGCCGAAAAAAAAACUUAAUUGAAGUCCAAAACGAACAAAAACACCCCAGUGCCGUCAUUAUAUAUGCACAAACUGUUUUGGCUGGGAAGCAUGCAGACGCCUUUUAAAAGCACAAUCAGGCCUUUGACUGCAAUUAUACAAAAAGAGUCAUGGGGCAUUGUUGCUAAGGCAAAGUCACAUUUGAUGGGAGAUCGAUUCAGAUGCAAGAUUGUCUGUUGGACCGACUGACUGUUACCUUAUCAUGCACUCAAAAAAGUCAGUCUGAAUUCUUGAAUCUGAAUAUACUUAGUGUCUUUUUGUACGUCAUUGGCUUGUGUCAGUUGGGGGACGAGUAACGCGUAUGCGUGACGCCACCUGACGUAAGACGAUGUUUGUAUGUUUCAUGAUGGACAUUCUGAACAAUCAGCUUGUGUGGUGUUCAAUAAACCUCAUGAGUGGAAGAAAAUGUA